UCUGUUGAGAAGGUUGUCGAGUGCAUAAAGAUGAAGCAGGCCCCGGAGAUCGUCGGCAGUACGAAUGGAAAGACUCAGAACUGUGAAGUGAAUCGUGAAUGUUCUGUAUUCCUCAGCAAAGCCCAGCUUUCUACCACCCUGCAAGAGGGGGCCAUGCAAAGAUUUAAUGGCCACGAUGCACUUCCUUUUAUCCCGGCUGAGAAGUUGAAAGACCUCACUUCUCGUGUGUUCAAUGGCGAACCUGGCGCUCAUGACGCCAAAUUGCGCUUUGAGUCCCAGGAAGUGAAAGGGAUUGGAACUCCACCUAACACUACCCCUGUGAAAAAUGGCUCUCCAGAAAUCAAGCUGAAAAUCACUAAAACGUACAUGAAUGGGAAACCUCUCUUUGAAUCUUCUAUUUGUGGUGACACUGCAGCUGAUGUGUCCCAAGCAGAAGAAAAUGUACAAAAAUCGGAAAACAAGGCAAGACGGAGCAGAAAAAGAAGCAUAAAAUAUGACUCCUUCCUGGAGCAGGACCUUGUUGAAGCAGCUCUCGUAUCCAAGAUCUCAAGUCCAGCAGACAAAAAGAUCCCAGCCAAGAAAGACUCUUGUCCAAGCAUCAGCAGAGACAGAGACCAUCUUCUGAAGUACAACAUUGGAGAUUUGGUGUGGUCUAAAGUGUCCGGUUACCCUUGGUGGCCGUGCAUGGUGUCUGCCGACCCGCUCCUCCACACCUGUACCAAGCUUAAAGGUCAGAAAAAGAGUGCACGCCAGUAUCAUGUACAGUUCUUUGGUGAUGCCCCAGAAAGAGCUUGGAUAUUUGAGAAGAGCCUUGUGGCUUUUGAAGGGGAAGGACAGUUUGAGAAGUUAUGCCAGGAAAGUGCCAAACUGGCUCCCACGAAGGCCGAGAAGAUUAAGCUGUUAAAACCUAUUUCAGGGAAAUUGCGGGCCCAGUGGGAAAUGGGUCUUGUUCAAGCUAAAGCAGCUGCAGGCAUGUCUGUGGAGGAGCGGAAAGCCAAGUUCACCUUCAUCUACGUGGGGGACCAGCUUCAUCUGAACCCGUGUGUGGCCAGGGAGGCUGGCAUUGCUGUGGAUACCCCAGGAGAAUUGGUUGCGUCCUCAGGAGUCAGCGAGGAGGCUUCUGACAGCCGGGAGUCCCCGAAGGAGGAGAGCGUCUCCAUCAAGAGGAGGAGGAGAGCCGCCAAGCCGCUGAGCCCUGCUGAAGGCCAGGACGACUUUCCUGGGGGCGUGGACACCACUCCUCAAAAGAUAGCAGAAGUGGACCCCAAAAGAGGAAUAGGGUCCCCCCCUGGAAGAAAGAAGGCGACGGGCUGCACCCCACGGAGCAGGAAGGGCGACGCUGUGUCCCAGUUUCUGGUCUUCUGUCAAAAGCACAGGGAUGAGGUUGUUUGCGAGCACCCUGAUGCUUCUGGCGAGGAGAUAGAGGAGCUGCUCGGCUCACAGUGGGACAUGCUCAACGAGAAGCAGAAAGCGCGCUAUAACACGAAGUUCGCCCUGGUGACCUCUCCCCACGUGGAGGACGAUUCCGGUAACAUAAAUGGAAAGAAAAGAACCCACACGAAGAGGACACAGGACCCAACGGAAGACUUUGAAGUUGAGGAAGCGCCUCGGAAGCGACUCCGGACAGAUAAGCACGGUCUUCGGAAGAGGGAGACAUCCACUGACAAAGGAAGCAGAACAAGCUCUUCUAAGGCCACGGAGGCAGCUUCCUCACUCAAGAGCCAGGCAGCAACGAAAAAUCUGUCUGAUGCUUGCAAACCACUGAAGAAGCGAAAUCGAUCUUCCACGGCGGCGCCUUCAACUCUUGGGUUUAGCAAAAGUUCAUCUCCUUCCACCUCCUUAACUGAGCAUGAGGUAAAAUAA